AUGGAAUCUUUCCUACGGUGCAGGGAUCUACCCGGGUACUGCCGGGCAGGUACCGACGACCCGACCAUGAUUCGGGUCGUAAAGGCGACGAGAGAAUCUUCUUCACCGGCGUAUCCUCUCAUCCUCAACACGUUCGACGAUUUGGACGGCCCAAUUCUGGCCCGAAUCCGCCAACGCCUCCCCAAAACCUACACAAUUGGGCCGGCCCACGAACACCUGCAAUCACGGCUCGGGAUGAGCGGGUGGAACUCCACGCUGGAGAGCAUUGUGGCUGGGGUUCCGAUGAUCUGCUGGCCGUUUUUCGCGGACCAGCAGGUGAACAGUAGGUUUGUGAGUGAGGUUCUGAAGUUGGGGUUGGAUAUGAAGGAUGUCUGUGACAGAAGGGUCGUGGCGAGGAUGGUGAACGAGCUGAUGGUGGAGAGGAAGGAAGAGUUUCGGAGGAAGGCUGUGGAGAUGGCGAGAAUGGCGAAGGAAAGUGUCGAGGAAGGUGGAUCGUCGUACAGGAAUUUGGAGCUUCUGAUUGAAGAUAUCAAGCUGAUGAGUAGUUCUCAAGUACAGGGGUUGGGGGAAAUUGGGAAUUAA